ACCCAGACCGAACUACCGAAGAGAGGCUCAGAGAGACGCUGGGGAUUAUUCGCCCGGUUCGCGGCAAAGCAGAAAGAGCAAGCCCAACGCCAAGACCUUCAUUCAAAAGGCCGGAUGCUAAAGAAAUCAAGGAAGAUACAAUGAGCGAGCUUGGUGCAGCUUCAUCGCGUGGAGAUUCCUCAGUGGUCGCUUUCGUAUGACACUCCGCUUGUUAGACCAUUCGGCAUGUCAGCUUCUAUCGCUAACCCGCGGGCAUAUCCCCUACCUUCACUUCGAAUCCUCCAUGCAUCACGACCUCGUCGCCGUCCUCAUGAACGAUCGCUCACCGCCAGAGCCCAUGCCACUUCCUCGCGAGCAAUCAAGAGCGGGCACCACCCUUACCAACCCCUCCACGUUGCCACAGUCGGCCGACCCAGAAGCAACACAUUCCGUACCCCUCGGUUCCGGGGUCUCCGGAACUCAUCAGGAUCAUGUCCAACAUCCGGACGAGAGUUCGCGGGCCGGGGGCCCGGAACAGCCGCUUGUGCAAAGAGCACAGGAGGAGCCACCCCCGGAUCAAUCGCAGCCCCCAACCCUUAGGGUGAUCGAUGCCAUCCAUCCAUAUGUACACUUGAUCAAGGGCUAUUUUUCGCAGGAAAAGCCAGGGGAUGUCCCUCGCUGGCAGCCCCGGCGUUCCCUGGACGGCUACUUUUAUACUCAUCUUGCGGAUAUCCGGCGGAGAGAUGGAGAUCAAGUGAUUCUGCGGUACACGACAAACAACUGCCCCCCUGCCAGAAUCUUCGUGGUCGACCAGCUGUGGGUGUGGAUCCUCGGAAGUGAAACAAUCAUCACUUGCUCCCCGCUUACCUACGACUCCUGGAUAUGGGAUGCGCAUGGCCAGGCGACAAGGAGCGGAAAUAUGCGUGUCGUGGCCCCGGAGGACCCAAUGAAUCUUCAUCAGAAUAUUAUCCGACACCUCAAACGCGGAGACAGGGAGCCUAUCACUUCAGUACACGAUUUGGCAUGUCUCAUAGCCGAUACUUGCACCAAAUUGUUCGAUCAAGAUGAGACUCCAGACGGAUUUCGUUUCUUCGACUUCUUUGAGCACGAAAUCGCACGCUUGAGCGAAAUGGCAAUGCUCCAGCUCGAAGAGUUUAAGAAGAGUCUUGGAUCAGCCCGGCACUCCAACCAGUCGGGCUCGAAGCACAUCCGAAAAGAGCUCUCCCUCCUUGUCGAAGUGCAUGACAUAUGUGACGAACUAGAAAUACUCGAGAAGGUGCUCAAAGACCAGGACGACGCUCUGACACGGAUGAAGGGCAUACUCGCUCCCAAGAGCCGGUGGGAAUGGACAGGCAGCUGGGCGACUGGGUUGCACGCUCAAUGGCUUCACAGAAUGUUGAAGAUGGCCACUAGAACAAGGGAAACGCUGUACCACCUCCUGGAUCUAAAAUUAAAGCAAGCCAGUUUCUACGAGGCCAUGGACACACGCAAACAAGCUGAGGCUACCAAGCAGCAAACCAGACUUGCUACAGAGCACUCCAAAGUGAUGGCUCAGCAAACCCAAGUUGCCGCAGAGCACUCUGAGGUAAUGGCUCAACAACUCGAGACAAUGAAGGACCAGGCUCUAGAGACAGGCCGUCAGGGCCAGACGCUGUUAGUCUUUACUGUGGUGACCAUCAUCUUCCUUCCCUCGUCAUUCAUGGCUGCCGUAUUCUCCAUCGACCUCGACACCUUCCCCGUCGAUGGUAACGAUAAAAUGCCUCUCGGCUACUUUCUAAAGUAUCUAUUCGCGAUCAGCUGCGCCAUCACCAUCCCCCUCGUCGUCUUGGCCUUCAACCUUACGCCGAUGGUAGCCUGGUGGAGCCGGACCAGACAAAGGCUCAUCCGUCUAUGGCCCAAAGACUCCAGAAUUCUAUGGACGGGCGUCAUCGGCCCCGCCAUUGCCCUCGCCGUUGAGGGCGCCGUGGUCGGUGCUAUCUGGGCGGCACCGCUAGCCGUCAGCAUCAAGGCGGCUGUCACCAUAUCCAUCUCUUUGCUCGUCGCUUUGGCGAUUGGAGUUCUUGUCCUGUAUGCUGUGAACUCCAUAACCAAAAGGCACCGGAGAUCGCUGCAAACUGGCUCAGGUUCAAGUUACGUUGGCUCGAUGCUUGGAGACACUCGGGACAUUCUAGUGGUGGAGGAGCAACGAGAAGCAGCAGACUUUGAGCAUCGACAACAUUAGUAGCAAUGUUGCGGCAUACAUGGAAGAAGCCGUCAGGGGUUAACGUUAUCCUGCCCUGCUAGUUGACUACCUACCUUACCUCACCUACAACGGGCUGCAAUUUGGAUAUUCCAUGAUUCCUGUGCUUGGAUGCCCUGAUAAGUGGCUACC